UGUCUCUUUAAAAUAUCAAGUCGGCCAAUCUGACCAAACCGACACUAUAGAGUGAGGAUGACUAAGCUGUUGAAUGGUAUUUUUCUAUUUAGAAAUUAGAGGCAAAGAAGUUGCUUGAGAAAAAUGGGAGAUGGCUGGUGGCUAUUUUUCUUAUGUAAGGAUAGUUAGCUCACUACCUUUUUGAUAUAUUAUCCUAAUGUGAUAAAUUUUUGUUUUCUCUGUGGACCAUGGAAUUCCUAGGAAGUGAUCUAAAAUCUAAAAGCAACCUUCUGAAUAACCAGGAGACCUUAUGGAGAAAACGGAUAGACAGCCGAAUGAAAUAAAAUAUAUCCUCAAGUAAUAAGGCAGCUUUUGCCCUCUCUUGUCAAACUGGAUGACAGAAGAAAUCCAGGUUGCUGGGAAUGAGUAGAAAGCGUUCCUUCAGAUUGUAGACCUGCUUUCACAAGUUAAGACUAAAAAGUGUAGGAAACCAUGGCUUAUUUAACUUGGGAAUCACAGCACCAGUGAAAUACUCCACACAAACAGGAAACCUACACCUAAUAUGUGAAUCAGGUCCUAUGCAGACUGGAUGGAAUCAAAGAACAACGUAACUUUCUUUGUCCUCCUGGGCCUCACACAGGAUGGAAAAGAACAGAAGUUUCUGUUUGUUAUAUUCUUGCUCUUCUAUAUUUUGACGGUGGUGGGCAACCUGCUCAUUGUGGUGACUAUAGCUGUCAGUAAGACCCUGGGCUCCCCUAUGUACUUGUUUCUUGCUAACUUAUCCUUUAUGGAUGUCACUUAUUCAUCUUGCAUUUCCCCCAGAUUGAUUUCGGACUUGUUCUUUGGGGAAAAUACCAUAUCCUUCCAAUCUUGUAUGACCCAGCUAUUUACAGAGCACCUUUUCGGUGGAUCAGAGGUCAUUCUUCUGCUGGUGAUGGCUUAUGACCGCUAUGUGGCCAUCUGUAAGCCCUUGCGUUAUUUGGUUGUCAUGAGGCAAGAGGUGUGUGUUGUGCUGCUGGUAGGGUCCUGGGUUGGAGGUUUUUUGCAUUCAGCCAUUCAAGUUAGCACGAUUUAUAGUCUCCCAUUCUGUGGUCCCAAUGUCAUUGAUCAUUUCAUCUGUGAAAUGUACCCCUUACUGAGACUUGCCUGUACUGACACAUAUGUCAUUGGCCUGUUAGUGGUGGCCAACGGAGGGAUGAUGUGCACAAUUGUGUUUGUGCUCUUGCUCAUCUCUUACGGUGUCAUCUUGCACUCUCUAAAGAACCUUAGUCUGGAAGGGAGGCGGAAAGCCCUCCAGACCUGUGGUUCCCACAUCACUGUGGUGGUCUUCUUCUUUGUGCCAUGUAUUUUCAUGUACGUGAGACCUGCUAAGACCUUCCCCAUUGACAAAUCAGUGAGUGUGUUUUUUACAGUUAUAACCCCUAUGCUGAACCCCCUGAUCUAUACUCUGAGAAAUUCUGAGAUGACAAAUGCGAUGAAGAAGCUCUGGAUGAGAAAUGUCGUAUCUGUUGGUGUAUAAGUGCAUUAUCCACCAUGAAGAGAAUUAUUUGACAUUGGAUGCCAUUUUAUAAGAAUGAAGAUGUCUUUUUAAAAUGAUUCUGAGUUCUCUUGUUCAAAGAACUUAAUUAUUUUUAAAGUAUGAACUGGAUAAUUGUGCUUUAAUAACAAUUUCCCUCCCUGGUAGAAUCUAUAGUCCAUUAUCCCUUGGAGAUUGCUUCAUUUAGAAAGGUGCAAUACUUUCAUAGCAAGGUGUCAACAAUACGU